AUGAAUAAAAUAUUACUUGCAAUAAAAAUUCUAUUAAAUAUAAUAAUACUUUGUUAUGCGAAUAAGUGUAUCAAAAUAUUCAAAAAUGAAAGUUUCUCAAGGGGAAAAUAUUUAUCUUUUGAAAAUCAUAAACAUAAUAUAAAAAAAAUGUUUAUCAAGAGUAAUUUUAAAGUAAAUAUUAAGAAAUAUAAUAAAAGCAAAAUAUACCUAUCAAAUGAAAUUUAUGUUUUUGAUUUCAGUAAAAAACUUAUAGAUUAUCGACUAGCUUUUGAAUUGCAAAGCUUUUUGCAUCAAUCAAAAAUAAUUUUACAAAACGAGAACAGUUUAAAUAUUUCAAAUAAAUUAGAAUUAAAUAAAUUGAAAAAUUUUAAAAAAAAUCUCAAUAAAUAUGAUUUUUGUUUUAUAUUGCAACAUACUCCUUGCUAUACUCUGGGAAGUGCAGCAGACCCAAACGAUAUUCUUUUAGACAAAAUAAAUUAUUACGUUGAAGAAUUAGAAAACAUACAUAGCAACUUUAAUUCAGAUAAAAUUAUCCAAUUUAUAAAUAAACAUGAAAAUAUUAAAAACGAUUUAGAUAAGUGUGAUAAUUAUGAUGAAAAAAAAAAUUAUUUUGAUGACUUUCUAUAUAAUGCAAAUAAGAAAAAGAUACCAAUUUAUCGUAUCAACAGAGGAGGUAAAGCAACAUACCAUGGGCCUGGUCAAUUAGUUUUAUAUUUUAUUUUCAAUUUAAAAAAUUAUUCUUCUAAUUAUAGUCAAAAAGGUAUCUCUUCUAAUUGUAUUUAUCCUAAAAAACAUUUUGCAACAUCAGAAAAUAAAGAAUAUCAUGUUCUAAAUGAAAAUAGUAAAGAUAAUACUACAAGCAUAGAACACUUGUUUGAUCUACAUAAAACAAUAAAUAAUUUUCAAAAAAUUGGGAUGGAAACAUUGAAUAAAUUUAAAAUAAAAACUCACACCAAAGACAACACAAUUGGCGUUUUCUAUAAUAACAAAAAAAUAAUAUCAAUAGGCAUGAAAAUAAGAAAAUAUGUAUCUAUGCAUGGAAUGUCUUUAAACUUUAACAUUAAUAAAAAUUUCUUAAAAUUCUUAUUAUCAUGUGGUAUGAAUCAUAAUCAUUAUACCUCAUUGCAUGAACUAGUUGAAAUACAAAAAAAUAAUAAUAUUAACAAUAAUAAAGAAAGUUAUAAUAGUACUUUAUUAGAAAAAUUAACAUCUUACUCCAUUGAGUCAUUAAAAAUGAUUUUUGAUGCAAAAGUAAAAGUUGUGGAUGAUAUAUGUAGCAUUUUUGCUUAA